CAAAUCCACCUCACGCGCUUUCUGCUCUCGCAGAGCUCAACUCAGGCGACCAAACGGGACCCAAAAACAUAUUUUCUACAGUUUGUUACCUCUCGAUUCGUUUACCAAUUUGCUACUUUGUUUUGGAAAGGGAGACGGUCUCCCUACCUGCGACGCCCGAUGAAUUCUGCGGGGAGAGUCACUUUGUUUUUUCUGUUAAUUGCCCUGAUAACGCAAGAUUGUUUCUCGUCUAAAGGAGAAGACAGGCUCUUUCGUCGUUUAUUCAGGAGGUAUAAUCAGUUCAUUCGACCAGUGGAAAAUGUGUCUGACCCUGUUACUGUGGAGUUUGAGGUCUCCAUCUCACAGCUUGUUAAAGUGGAUGAAGUCAAUCAGAUCAUGGAAACAAACCUUUGGCUGAGACAUAUAUGGAAUGACUACAAGCUGAAGUGGUCACCAGCAGAGUUUGAUGGAAUUGAGUUCAUCAGAGUCCCAUCCAAUAAAAUCUGGAGGCCUGACAUUGUACUUUACAACAAUGCUGUUGGGGACUUUGGUGGAGGACAAAACCAAAGCUCUUUGAAAUUUGAUGGAACCAUCACUUGGGUCCCACCCGCAAUUUUCAAAUCUUCCUGCCCUAUGGACAUCACUUACUUUCCUUUUGACUAUCAGAACUGCUCUAUGAAGUUUGGUUCCUGGACAUAUGAUAAGGCCAAAAUUGACCUGGUUCUUAUUGGCUCAAAGGUCAACCUUAAAGACUUCUGGGAAAGUGGAGAGUGGGAGAUCAUUGAUGCACCGGGUUAUAAGCAUGACAUCAAGUACAACUGCUGUGAAGAGAUCUACCCAGAUAUAACCUACAGUUUUUAUAUACGCCGAUUACCCCUAUUCUAUACUAUCAACCUUAUAAUCCCCUGCCUCCUCAUCUCUUUUCUGACAGUACUGGUUUUCUACCUUCCAUCAGACUGUGGUGAGAAGGUGACCUUGUGCAUCUCUGUACUUCUCUCUCUCACUGUGUUCCUUCUUGUCAUUACGGAAACCAUCCCAUCUACUUCACUUGUGAUCCCUCUGAUUGGCGAGUACCUUCUCUUCACCAUGAUCUUCGUAACCCUCUCUAUUGUUAUCACUGUCUUUGUACUUAAUGUGCACUAUCGCACCCCUAUGACCCACACUAUGCCCAGCUGGGUCCGCACUGUCUUCCUUCGAGCUUUACCCCGCAUCAUGCUCAUGCGCAGGCCUCUUGAUCUAUCAGAGUCCACUGGAAAAGGAGGACUAGAAACUGGGGGCUCAUCCGGGACAGGGGCAGGGCGAGGAGGAGAGGGGAAGAAGAGAAAGAAUAGUGGAUCCCAACAAGGUGCAAUGAACUCUCUGGAAUUUGGAGAGGGCAAAGCAGCAUUAGAAGGAAAGAAAGGAGGAUGCCCAUGUCAUCCACUGAAAGAAGCAACUGAGGGAGAUUGUGGAAAAGUCAGUCGUCAAUUAAGUCCACAGGCUAUUAAUACAGUUGUGGCUUUUUCUGUCGUGUCACCGGAGAUCAAACAGGCUAUUGAAAGUGUGAAGUACAUUGCUGAGAACAUGAGGAGCCGCAACAAAGCUAAAGAGGUGGAGGAUGAUUGGAAGUAUGUUGCCAUGGUGAUUGACCGCAUCUUCCUCUGGGUCUUUGUGCUGGUGUGUGUGUUAGGAACUUUGGGGCUCUUCCUGCAACCUUUGAUUGGCUUCCUCUCGUAAUUAACUAUAACACAAACCAACAAUUUUCUGAGUCACUGACAUGCUCUGUAUUUAUUAAUGUCACAUGUUCCGUCACUACAGCAAGACUCUAAUAGUAUAAACCAUACACAGGUGCCCUUGUACAGCAAAUGUCCAAUCAGUUUUCCUCUCUGCCACUAAUCACUUGGAAGGUUAAAGGCUGAUUUUGGCCUUUUAACAAUCAUUGACUUUGAAACUUGACUAUAAGUGAACCUUCCAAUCACAGCCCAUCUUAAAGAACUGAUGUCCAUAAGAAGACUAAUCAGGCUGAUUGGUGUGUUCACUACUCAAAUCUGAUUUGCUAAUCUGAUUACACAGGUUUGUACCAAACAACAUUGUCAUCUCGCAGUCACUCAGGAAAAUCUGCUAACAGACAGCAAAGGUUGAUUCUUUAAAAGUGGGAAUGGAGAAAUAAUUUAAACCUAAAGAAAUGUGUUGUGUAGAUUAGUUCACCAAAAUCUUUGAGGAUAAAGAGCGAGCUGUGUAAUUAUGGGAUGGAAUUAUUCCAGAUUAUGGGUGAUCUAAAAAUAAGUUUGAGUUGUAGCAUGGCUACAUUCCAGAACAAAAUGACUAAUCGGGUCCCAUUUAUGCCAAAUAAUUUGUUUAGAAUGAGAUUAAUUAAUGUUUCGCCCCUCUCAGUGUGUCUCAUCCCACUUGCAUGGUGAUUUUGUUUCUCAUUUGAAGCAGAUGUAUUGACCAUGAUGUUUAAAUCCUUAACUGUUUUUAGAGCUGUGCAGGCUAUUAAAAUGACUGCUUUCCCUCCCUUUCUUAUACUCACACUCAUACACUCUCUCUCUCUCUUGCUCCAUCAGAGACAUAAUCCCCUCUUUAAUAUCACCAUUUCAAUUUUUUUCCCACUUCCACUUGUCAACUUCUGACACUUUUGUAAAAUAUUUUAAACAGAUGUCUUUCAAAUAAAAAUAAGUUCUUUUUGUUGUACCCAC